AAAGAGCUUUGUGAAUUGGGGUUUUUCCCUCCUAAGUACAGAAACAGAAGAGAUAUAUACGGAUCAUCCCCAAAUUUUAUUACAUUGUAAAUUACCAGAAGAAGAAAAAAGUAUCGAUUUUUCCCCUUUUGAUUCAUUUUUUUGUGCUUUCAGAAGAAAAUGAGCAGUGGAGAGCUUCUGAAAAUCGAACCCCUUGAGCUCAAAUUUCCCUUCGAGUUGAAGAAGCAGAUCUAUUGCUCGAUUCAUUUGUCAAAUAAUACUGAAGAGCAUGUCGCUUUCAAGGUCAAAACGACGAACCCCAAAAAGUAUUGUGUUCGACCCAAUACAGGGAUUGUGUCGCCCCGAUCGACUUCUGAUGUUAUAGUUACAAUGCAAGCUCAGAAGGAGGCCCCUUCUGACAUGCAAUGCAAGGACAAGUUUCUACUUCAGAGUGUAGUUGCAACUCCUGGUGUUGCUGCCAAAGAUAUUACUCAAGAAAUGUUCAAUAAGGAGGAUGGACGUGUUGUUGAUGAGUGCAAGUUGAAAGUGAUUUAUCUUCCCACAGCUCAGCCACCAUUCCCGGUUGCAGAAGGAUCAGAAGAAGGUUCUCCGCCAAAGGAAUCCAUGAAAGAUAAUGGCCAUGAAAAUGGUUCUGAGGCAAAAUCGGUUAUUUCCAGAUUGAUGGCUGAAAAGGCUGCUGCCCUUCAGCAGAGCAACAAACUUCGUCAAGAGCUGGAACUUGUAAAACGUGAUAUGACUAGAAGUCGCAGAGGUGGCGUUUCCUUCAUCCUUGUUGUCGUGGUUGGCUUGCUGGGAAUACUUUUGGGGUACAUUCUCAAAAAGUCAUGAGCAUUCAUCAGAUGAUCAGUCAUUUUACAUCUGUAUCUCAACUCAACAGAAUUGAUCAGUGAAAAAAAGGAGAUUGUGGCCGGUGAUAGCAGCAAUUCUCACAUUGUCUUAGUUAGCUGCAGCCUUUAGUAGGAAAAAUUUGUGCAGCUAGAACCUUUCAAUUGGCCUAUAUUAUAAUUUUAUAUAACUCGUAGUUUCUCGUGUUGGAUCGUAAAUUGUUAUGAAUAGGUAAAUCAAUCAUUUGUCCUUGACGAAUCUGCUCGGCUUUCUACUUCUACUUUCUGUAAAUGUAAACGAGCUUUUUCGAACAUUUCAAAUAUGAUGGUUCAAAAUCGCAA